GACAGCGGUAACAUGGAAUCAAGAUAUCGCUGCAAGCAACCUUGACUGUGCCGCUAUUACGGCAUGGUCAAUGAUGUCAAUAUCUAUAUGUAGAUCAGAACAAGCAGGCAAGGUAGAUGGGGGAAACAGGGCUGUCCUCAUCCCACCGCCUGUGCUUCAAACUUAGCACUCGCAAAAUUCGCCCGGCAACUCGAAAUACACAGAGCAUCCUGCUUACUCUGCAGUCCAAUAUCCCACCCACAUCGUCCAUACUAAAAUAUCUUCGUCGAGACUCAUGGCUACCGGAGAAAUCGCCCACCUCCUGAGCGGAGCUAUCAUCACUCUCGCAUUCUCCCAUUUCGAACACUUCGAGAACCGCCACAUCCCCUCCAUACUCGUCGCCGCACUCACGGCAACUGGUGGGACUUGGCCUGUCUUCAGCGCCUCGAGCGCGCUCACGAAGUUUGGCUUUCAACCAUCCAUUGCCGCCGCGAAGCCCGCGUUCCCAGUCAUUACAGUCUUCUCCGCACGUGAUACGACGAUCGGUCUAUCAGUACUGGCUCUGUACGCUGCGAAACACUUGGAAGCCAUUGACAUUAUAUGGUCGGUGGUGGGAUACAUUGCAUUUAUGGAUGCCUGGGUUCUCAGUCAGCAUGGUCGUCCUGGGCAGGCCAUGUUCCGAUUCGUGGCUGUGGGCUUGUCGGCGAUGAUUGGGAUCGUGGGACUGACAUCUGGAGUGUCGCCUGUUGGUUUAAAGGUGCUGUAAUGACCAUGAUCUGUAUGCAGCAGGGCUUGGACCAGAUACAUAAUCUCGAGCUUGAGCAGAUGUUGUUACCCUUUCCAUGAAAACACAGGCGUGUUUUGAGUUAUGAAGUCAGAUGAAGCAAUACACUCGAUACAUACGAUUGAGCCGGUCCGAAGACUCACGGCGGCUGCUAGUAUUCUAUCAGUUGGAGUACACGUUUCAACUAUGGGAGGUAGUUUUGGAAUUUAGCGGUAUGGCGAUAUGCGCUCGGAAUAUGUACG